GCCACCACUCCACCUCCAGUUCUUCGAGCUAGCUGCUACCCGGCCGUCCACGUAGACACAGACACACCACUCCGUGCAGUGAGGGAGAGCGAGGAGAAUUGGCGAGGGGGAGGGAGGGAAUUACCGGCGAGGAAGGAGAUGGGGAUGCGGCCGGGGUGGGUGGGCGGCCUGGUGGAGGAGAGCUUCUUCGUGGGAUGCGCGGCGCACACGAACCGCAAGAAGAACGAGAAGAACAUCUUCUGCCUCGGCUGCUGCGCCAGCAUCUGCCCGCACUGCGCCCCCGCGCACCGCCACCACCCGCUCAUCCAGGUGCGGAGGUACGUGUACAACGACGUGGUGCGCCUUGACGACCUGGAGAGGCUCAUCGACUGCUCCUUCGUCCAGCCCUACACGAUCAACAGUGCCAAGGUGAUCUUCCUGAAGCCGCGGCCGCAGUCGAGGCCCUUCAAGGGCUCCGGCAACGUCUGCCUCACCUGCGACAGGAUCCUCCAGGAGCCAUUCCACUUCUGCUGCCUCUCCUGCAAGGUGGACCACGUGAUGGUGCAGGGCGGGGACCUGUCCAACAUCCUGUACGUGCCGGGCGGGGCGCCGCAGCCGCCGGACCUGGGCUGCGGUUUCCCGCGCUUCGAGAACCUCCGCGUCGACGGCGGCUGCGACGACGACCCCGGCCAGGUCACGCCCGACUCCACCCUGGAGGGCCCCACGCAGCACGGCGGAUGCUACGGGGGCGCCAGCGCCAGCGGCUCCGGCGGCGGCGGCGGCGGCGUCCCGAGGAAGAAGAAGACCGGCGGCGGCGGGGGCGGGUUCUUCCCCCAGAUCGUCCUGUCGCUCGGCAGCCGGCGGAAGGGCGCGCCCCACAGGGCGCCGCUCGCCUGACCGGCCGCCGGCGACGGCGAGCACAGAUCGCGUCGCACUCCACCCGCCGCCGCGCGCUAUAUAUACACACGUAAUGUGCUGUUGAUUAUGCUGUCCAUUACCGUUAGCUAAGCCGUGUUUAGUCGCCGUGCUUAAGUGUAAUCCCCGUGAUUAGCCGUGUAGAGACAGAGAGUGUGUGGGUUGGUUGGUUGGGUGCUGCGUCCGGGAGGCGGGAGCGAUGGGUGGUGGGUGGCCUCUUCUUGUCCUCUAGAUAGGGCACCCCAUGCCAUCUCGGCGCAGUGUUUUGACGAGACCUGAGAGAGGGAGGAGGCAAGGCAAGGCAAGAGCUCCAGCUGCUGCCGGUGGCAUGCAGCUGCCCCCCGUUGCAAGCCCAGGUAGCCACAGGCCCCGCCGCGGAUACCCUCGGCGGCGGCGAUGGCCGCGCGCCGGCCGCCGGUGGCUGCCAAUUUUGUACUAGAUGCGACGGGGGGUCGCGCGCGCGCGCGCUCGACGAACGGCGCGUGCGUGACACCAUUGUUGUUAAGUUGUCCAUGACCGAUAUAUAUAAUACUAG